AUGGAGAGUUUAGUGGACAGUCAGCGGCCCGGAGAAAAGCGCGGCCGGCAGUACCAGGUGCCAAAAAGAUAUGAGUUCCAAAAAAGUAUACCAACAAGCCGCGAUUCCUCCGCGCAUACGUCUAUUUUCAAGCCAAAUUUUACGCUCAACAAACUUCGGCGCGAGCACUCGACGCAGUCGCUGCAGACUUCGCUCAAGCGAGCACAGUCUCCGUUUUUUGGCUCCAAGAAUGACCAUGUGGCGGAAUUGAAACGCCAUAGCUUAUCGGCUGCCUCUGGAGGCGGCCCGGGGUACAGAAAUCACAUAAUCAACGCGUAUAAUGAUUCGAAGGUGUUUGAGACUGUUGCACCAAGACGAACGUCAUCCGUCAAUUACAUUCUUGACACACGGUCAAAUCAAGAUGCACAAAGCAUGCCACCUGCUCCCGAAGAGACAGGGAAGAAAAGCAUACUGAUCAACAGACCGUCGCCUAAUGAGGCACCCUCGUUCAAUUCGUCAAUUUCAAAGAUCAAUUACUAUCAGAGCGAUUUUCAGGGGCCCCAGUAUAUAGAGCAAUUGAAAGGACGAGACUUGAGAGAGGCUAGCUCCAGGGAAACCAAGCACGGGCCAAGUUCCACAGAUAAUACUACAAAAUCGGAGCAGAAAGGAGACACCACUGAUGACGAGACGCAUUCAGAGUCCCAGAGUAGCGUGCAGGACAAUAACGAUACAGUCAACCCGUACUUGGAUCCUCUCGAGUCACAAGCGAUAGGGAUGACCGAGUUUUCCACGCCCACGCAAACAGCCCCCAUGCGAACGCAGCAACGCCAGUUGGCCAUCAAGGACCUGAUGCAGCACCAUAGCCUUGCAGGAAGUGCUUGGUUUGAGUUGGGACCUAAGGACGCUCGUAAAAUUGAGGAGUCCACAGAAUCUUCGGAGCUGAUCAACCAAAAUGUUUGGGCGAACGUCAGUAUUGAUGAAAGAAAUAAGUACGAGCACAUUUCCAACGAUCUUCGGAAGCUGGCAUUGUACAACAAGAAGCCAAUGAUGGAUUGCAUAGGACGGUAUUUUGAGUUGCACAAGCAAACACAUAUCAGUACAAAAGUGCGAUCUCGGGCGCUACCACCGCCAAAGGACGUUUCAUACCUUGAUUCUAGCGGACAUUUCCAACGCGGGGUGGGAAGAGAGUUGGCAGAGGAGUUAUGGAACUCAGCAAAGAGCAAUUUUAAAUUCUUCGAUACAUAG